CUUACUUUGAAGAAAGCAGAAGUCGUCGAAGAUCACAGACAGGUUGCUUCUUCUUCUUCUUUUUGGGAGCUGGGGUGGAGCAUUAGCACUAAAAAGACAGACCAAAUGCAAACAUGUUCACGUUGAGAUAAACACGGCGUCGUGCCGCACUGACGCGACGUGACUAUUCUUUGUCAUAAAAUAAGGCGGUGUCGUCACGGGUUUUCACACCGGAAGUCAAUUUUGAACGACGUCAGUCAUGCUGACACUUUCUGCCGACAGGUCCGAACAACACCCUUAAAGGCCGCACUUUUACACCAUGACUCAAAGGCAGAUCGUCCAAGUUUUCGAGCAGUACAACAAAUCCAGAAUGCAGUUUGUGCAAACGGUUGCUGAUCUUGCAGAUCGACCACAAAACAUAGAAAUCCUCCAGAAAGCAGCAUUCACACCUGCAAAAGGUGUGAUGUCCAUGCUGAGACCCCUCAUGCUGGAUGUGGUUCCUGGCAUCCAGCAGAAGGCAGCCUUGGCUCUCGGUCGCCUGGCCGACCACAACCCGGACCUGGCAGAGUCCCUGGUGAAGGAAGACAUCCUGCCUCAACUCAUCCGCUCGCUCACCCUGCAGAAUAGGCUAUAUAAGAAGGCAGCAGCGUUCGUCCUACGAGCAGUGGCCAAACAUUCCCCUGAGCUGGCUCAGGCGGUGGUGACGAGCGGGGGCGUGGACGCUCUGGUUCUCUGUCUGGAAGAGUUUGACCCCGGCGUGAAAGAAGCCGCUGCCUGGGCGCUAGGCUACAUCGCGCGACAUAACGAGGCCUUGUCCCAGUCCAUCGUGGACGCAGGUGCCGUCCCCAUGCUAGUGUUGUGCCUCCUGGAGCCCGAGAUCGCCCUCAAACGCAUCGCCGCCUCGGUACUCAGCGACAUCUCCAAACACACGCCGGAAUUGGCUCAGAUCGUGGUGGAGGCAGGCGCCAUCGCACACCUGGCACAGAUGAUCCUCAACCCAGACACCAAACUCAGGAGGCAGGUGUUCUCCGCUCUGGGCCAGAUCAGCAAACACUCGGUGUGUUUGGCAGAGAUGGUGAUCGAGGCCGACGUCUUCCCUGCGGCUAUGAUGUGCCUCAGGGACCCGGACGAGUGCGUCAAAAAGAACGUCACCAUCCUAAUGAGGGAGGUGGUUAAACACACCCCUGAGCUGUCCCAGGUGAUAGUGAACUGUGGCGGAACCUCAGAAGUGAUCACCUACCUUGGCGAGAGUCGUGGAAGUCUGAGGUUGCCAGGGAUCAUGAUGCUGGGAUAUGUGGCCGCGCACAGCGAGAACCUGGCCAUGGCUGUCAUUCUUUCUCAGGGGUUGCUCCAGCUGGCUCUGUGUCUCUCAGAGGAGACGGAACACCACAUCAAAGCGGCCACCGCCUGGUGCAUAGGCCAGAUAGGACACCACACGCCUGUGCACGCUAAGGCCGUCGCCACCGCCAAUCUGCUACCCAAGCUGCUGCUACUCUACACGGACGCCGGCAGCUCAGAAGACCUGCAGACCAAAAGUAAAAAGUCCCUGAAGAUGAUCCUACAGAAGUGCACCUUCCUGCCGGCACUGGAGUCUCUGCUCUACGACGCGCCGACCAACAUCAUCAAACAUGUCGUCUGCCAGUUCAGCAAGGUGUUACCACAUGACAGUCAGGCUCGCCGACAGUUUGUCACCAGCGGGGGGUUAAAGAAAGUGCAAGAGAUCCAGGCGGAGCCGGGCUCCCCCCUGCAGGAGCACAUUAAUUCUAUCAACAGCUGCUUCCCAGAGGAGAUCGUCAGAUACUAUUCCCCCGGCUACUCCGAGGUGUUGCUGGAGCGUUUGGAGAGUUUUAAGCCAUCCUGAGACCAGCUUGCUUGUCUUGUCAAGACAAGCACGCCUCAGAUAUUCAACACGCCACUGGAUGUUUGGAUCUUCAAAUCAUACACUGUGUUCACGGGAACAUGCCGACAUAAGCAGCAGAAACACAAUGAGUUAAAAAUAAAUGCUUUUCUAAAUUUUACUUGCGCUUUCAAAGGUCAAAUUCAGGCACUGGGAAAGACGCGCUGCGCAGUGCCCCCUGGUGGCAGCUGUGGCUGCCUACUCCUGCUCGGUGUAUGCAGCAGCUGCUGCGCACAUGGCAGGCAGCUCUUUGUUUGUUGUCCGCUACACCCACGUCGUCCACGCUUGCUCCCCAC